CCAGUCAGAUGGAGUCCUUAAUUAAAAGCAUCUCUGUGUGUGGUCAGACAUUCCAGAUCAAAGAGAAAGAAAGUUGCACUCCUCCAUUACCAAUGUUAUCAUGCGGCACCAGCAGCUUCAAGCACGUCGACGACGGCCCGGGCCCGUCGGCGGCGGGUUGCGGCGGCACCGGAGGCCGGUCGCCCAAGCUGCCGGGGAGGAAGCACGGCGGCGGCAAGGCCAACCCCUACGCCGGGUGCGGGCUGGACAAGUUCUCCACCGUGCUCGCCGAGCUCGAGACCCGCCGGAACAGGAUCCUCCGCCGCGUUGGCUCGGACACCGGCCUCGUCAUGGUCCGCUUCGUCCAGUCCAACGGCGCGUGGGCGCCCGUCGUCGUCAAGCUCCCCGACGACGAGCACCGGCUCAGGGACGCCUCCGCCGCCAGGAAGGCUAGGCCACCCAAGCGGACGACCGCCGCCGUCGAGCCAGCGUCGCGUCCGGCUGCUCCGUCCACCACCCAGCCCCAGGCGUCGUCGGAUCCGGCCAGCCCGAGCAAAGUUCCGCCGGCGAGGAGGAGGAGGAGCGCGGAGUCGUCGUUGUCGUUCUCGUGGGGGAGGAUGCGGCGGCCGGCGUGCUACUGGCCAGCGGCGAUCGUGCUGAUGCUGGCGUGCCUGGCUGUGUUCGGCAGGGUGUUCGCCAUCUGCUGCACCUCCAUCUGGUGGUACCUCGCCCCCACCCUGAGCGACGGGCCCCCGGCCUCCCUAAGGAAAUCCAUGGAGAAGAGGAGGACGGCCUCGCCGCCGGUGAACGCCGCCAAGAAGGUGGUCAUCAGCAGCCGCGGCGCGCACGAGGUUGGGAACUCGCCGAGAGGGAGGGGCAAAUUGCAAACACUUUAAGUGAUUAGGUUAAGUUGCAUUAAUUAGUGUAUUUUCUUGGGGUAACCGGAAGAAACCAAAGGGAUCUUCAAAAUAUUUGUUUCAGGUCACCUUUUGAUCCUUUUUCAUUUUUUUCUUUGUUAAUAUGAUGUUUUUUUUUUACUUUUUAUUUGGUUUGUAAUAUUGUACUCAGUCAGCCCCUUUAAAUCGGAGAAGUGUGCAGUAUGAUGGUGUGAUUGGUAUGCCGAUCCAUAUCUAAUUUAUAUAUAUCCUCUCUCUCUCCCU